UUUCACACCUUUUUUUUUUUUAAUUAAUUAAUUAAAAAAUUAACCCCUCCUCAUUUUUUUCUCUUUAAAUACCCUCCUACACCCCUCUUACAACUUCUUUCUCCCAACCUCUCUCUAAACAUCCACAAAUGAGCAACCAUCACCAACCAAACAACCACCAAUGGCACGGCAGAGGUGACGGUGGUGGUUGCGGCGGAGCCGGUAAUAAUAACAGUAAUAGUAAUAGUAACAAUAGUGGUGGCGGGGGCCCGUGCGGAGCAUGCAAGUACCUAAGAAGAAAGUGUGUAAAAGGGUGUGUAUUUGCACCCUACUUUGACUCCGAACAAGGCACGGCCCACUUUGCGGCCGUGCACAAAGUGUUUGGUGCUAGCAAUGCUUCAAAGCUCCUCCUCCGCAUCCCCGCUCACCGCCGCCUCGAUGCCGUUGUCACUCUUUGUUAUGAGGCUUUGUCUAGGGUUCGUGAUCCUGUUUAUGGUUGUGUUGCUCACAUUUUCACUCUUCAACAACAGGUACUAAAUAUGCAAGCAGAGUUAGCCUUUGUUCAAGCCAGGCUUUCCACCUUACAACGCCUUCCGGCAGCAUUUCCUGCAGUAGAUCAAACUCCUUCACAUUGCUGUUUAGAUCAAAUCUCAGCAUCUUCUACCAUUGCCACCACUACUAGCACUAGUACCGCGAUUACUUCUAUGCCUUCAUUCGACAACUUUGCCUUACAAUCACAACCCUCAUUAUCGUCAUUAGCAGCAUCAGCACCUGUAACAGCAGCAGACUUGGCCAGUUUUUGUAACCUAACAGAAUAUCAUCAGCAAGACGAUCUAAUUUUUGAGGAUGGUGAUCUUCAAAAUUUGACACGUGAAUUCGUAUCCAAGUACCUUCCCGGGGUCAAGUUCAAGUCCGAGCCUCACUAAUUAAAUUCAUACUUAAUAGCUAUUAUUGAUCAUGAAGAUUUAGCAAAUGAUCUUGAUAAUUUUUUGGGUAUCAUCUUUAUGCUAAUCUUUUGUAAUAGUAGUUUAAGUGUUGUACGUGUAUCUUCUGUGACAAACUAAUCUAAAUGUUGUAGCGAAUGAAAUUAGUCUUUUCAUAUUUUAUGUAGGCUGAAAUAAGUCGUUUCAAAGUCUAGAUUUUGGGCUGUGUUGAUGGGCUACUGGAUCUAGUAAAAGUCCGAUAAAUUGCUUCAUUUUUUUGGGCCCUUACUAUACUCUGGUGUUCUGUUGGGCUUUUCUAGUUUUCUA